AUGAGCAGUCCACGGGCCGUGCCCCGGCUGGUCGGCGUGGCGAUGCUCUGCUUGGUGCUGCUCGCCGCAUCCACAGCAGGCGAGUUCGUCUUCGACGACGAUCUGGAGGAUCUGAUUGCGGAGGAGUCGAACGUGGACGAGGAGCUGGCACCCGGCUCGGUGCUGCUACCGUCGGACGUGUUCAACGACGGAAAGCCAUUCUACGUCGAGCGUGACCCGUCGACGGGGGCCAUCGACUUCAAUCACAAGAAAACCGGCAACCAGAUCGAGAUGGACGACGAGCGGCGGCCGUACGAGUCGAUCAAGGAGAGCUACGUGAGCGACAAGAAGGACGUCAUUGUGCAUCAUUCGACGCCCAACUUCCACGACUUUCUGAACCUACCGAAGAUGUACUCGCCGGAGAACUUUGUGUCGAUUUCGAGCUCGUACGCGAACCUCAAGUACCAGGGCAGCAACAAGGGCUCGAACCACCGUGACCAGGCGCACAUCGUGUCGGUCACAGCGGUGGCACCCACCACCACCACCGCACCCUCCUCCUCAACGAAGUUCUACUUCAGUCGGCCUCAGUAUGGACGACCUACCACCUCCGGAGGUUCGACCCCAGGAUCGUCGCCCACGUACACUUAUCCGGUCACUUCGGGCCGGCCGAUCACGACCAGCACCACUUCCACGCCAGUCCCAUCCACAACCUCCACCACCACCACCACGGUAGCGAUUACGGAGGAAGAGACGACAACCGGCAGCCCGCCGAAACAGCUGUUCACGCGCUACCCCUACAAGAGCACGAUCAAGAACAAAUACCUGGAGACGUCGGAGCAGACACGCAAGAAGUUUUUCCUGCCGUCGACCCUUGCCCUGCCGGGCCCGACAACGACGACGACGACCACGACGGAGCGUGCUCCGUCCACGCCGGUGCGCUCCUCGACCUACUACUCCCCGUCCGUCCGUCCCCAGUGGCCCACAACAACGACGACGACGACAACGCCGGCGCCAACAACAACACUGGGCCCUAGCUCAACGGCACCGGCCCACCCGGUUCGCUUCGUGGACGACACCGAGCAUCCCCCGUCGAGCGUCGGAUCGAAGAUCAAGUUCACGAUGCCGGCACUCAAAUACGAAGGCUCCCGACCUGCCCCCUUCCGGAGGGUACCCGUGCAACCGGGGAGCGGCGGUCCGGGAAGUUCCGAUCGUGAGACGGGUAAUGGAGGUUCCUCUUCGACCUACAACAAGAUCGAGCUCCCCAAGAACCCGGCCGUGAUGUCGCUCUCGGACAUCUUCAGCACGCUUGAGCAGAAGAAACGCCUGGAGGCGGAGGGCAAUCGGGUGGAGGCGGUGGAGCAGGGUACGUCCACGACACCGCCAGCGAUCGUGCUGCUCGAUGACCGCCGGACCACGACGGUGUACGGUGAGGGGCCCAAGAUUGAGCAAUCCGUCGAUCUGUCUGACCACUACGUCAGCUACGAGGUUCACCAUCAGCCUUCAUCCGGACGACCGAUCGCUUUCCAAUCGCCUCAGCAGCAGCAGCCAGCGUAUCAGGUCCACCAACCGAACGGCCACCGACCGCAGCAACCGGCAAUGGACGCGGCCGCCGGGGGGCAGUACGUGCAGUAUGAGGUGCAGCAGCCGCAGCUGAACGUCGUCCAGUUUGGGGCCGUCCCCAGCAUGAACAGUGUCGUCAUCAGUCCGAACCAGCACUCGGCCACGUUCGUGCUCGGCUCCCAGCAGUCCGUCGGAGGUGCCGGCGGCGUUGGGGGUGCCGUUGGACCUGGCGGCCAUUUUGUGGGUUCCGUGUCGCAGGAUUCCCCUGCGGUUGGUACGGCCGCAGCGCUCAUCGCCGGGCGCCCUCCGUACCAGAUGGGCCAGGUACUAGACGAGCCGCACGACCCGGCAGGGGCGGCCAUCGUCGGGAGCGUGCAGGUGAAGCCGCAGGACAUCAUCAAGACGACGAGCGUGCGGUUCCCGAGCGAGUCGGACGACAAGUACGACAACGCGCCGAUCAUCAGCGGAACGCACAAGAGCGAGGUCCUCCCGCCGAACGGACACUCGGCCCCGGUCCGCGGCGGCCUCGGCCCUGGCGACAUGUCCUCGGUGGUGUUCCCGGCGGCAGCGACCCACGAUCUGCACGAGGUGUCGAACCGGAUCGUGUUCGACUCUGCGGCGCCGCAGCCGGCCGCAGACACCCUGAACCGCCACGAGUUUGCCGUCGCCCCGAACCCACACUACCCGGCCGAUCUGCCCGAGCAGCUGACCCCACCGUCGGCUGCCCAGGACCUGAAGCCACGUCCACCGUCCGCGCCGUUACGUCCACCGGUCCCAUCGCAGGGCCCUCCGUCGUUCCGGUACAGCGAGAUACAUCGCCGACCCGCGACGUUCCCGACCGACCGGACCCGCCCCACGCUCCUGCCCAACAUUUUGCCCCAGUUCCGUCCGAAUGCCAAGAUAUCGCACGGACACCCGCCGCCGCCGCACUUGCGGGAGUCCGGCACCUACAGGGUACCGGCGGGGAUGUUCGUCAAGGCGGGCGGACCACCUCCGUUGCGGAAACCGCUGCCCUACCACCAGCAACAGUUUGGCGGACCGAACCGACUCCCCACGACGCGCACCCGCCCGGGCGUUUCUCCGCCAAGUCGCACCCCGGUGUCGGCCGAACUGGAGAAUCGACGCUAUUAUCGGCUGCCACCAGCGCCACCAUCGCCACCGGCCGUCAUUAAGGAUCGAGUGUACAACCUGCAGCCGUCACGGCUACAGGCACCACCGCCGCCGCCACCACCACCACCCCCGCAACAGCCGGCACAACCAGUGGAGCAGCCGCUAGAUGAGCCACUGGAGGAGCACGAGUUCCACCGCAAUCCACCGCAGAUCCUGAAGAACUUGCUGAGGGACGAGCUGAGCGGUCAGCAGCGGCCCAAACUGGAGCCGGUUGUGACACUGCAGAUGCUGCAGUCGAAGCGGCGUGUGGAAGAAGGGGGAUCACCGGCAAACGGAGUGGACCUGGGUGCAAGUACGGCGCAUCCACAGGUACCGGUGGAAGCACCAGGGACCAGGGACCGCCCGGUGUACGUGGUGUAUCCGGUCAAGAGUACCCCGAUGAAGCUGGAGCGACCCGGCGUGGAUACGAUCAUUGUCCGGGGUGAACACCCACCGCCACCACCACCACCGGCCAUGGUAAUCAGCCCGGGAACCGAGUACCAGAACACGCCGUUCUCGAUCGCGUCCCACUUCGAGCAGGAACCGAUUCUGGUGGCGAAGCACAAGAAGGUCGCCCAUCCGCAUGCCAACAGCGUCAAGCUGAACUUCCCCUACAGCAUGGAGAAACCGGACCCGCACGCCCUGGCGCAUCCGGUGGCGGUCCACCCGGCGCCGGCCCAGGAUCUUGCGGCCGAGUACUCGGAGUACAACCUGGGUGAGGAGCCGUCGGGUGGUUUGGGAACCGGCCAGGAGCAAGAUCAGGAUCUGAUCUCGAGCAAGCUACAGCGGUUCCACAGCAGCACCACCGACAGCACGCCGAUCGCGAUUCUGUUUGCUCUUAAAAUGGUCGCUGAGAGCAUGGAGACUGAUUGA